UGUAGCCCGUGUCUGCGUGUGAGUGUAUGUGUGUGAGGGGCCCCGUGCAUGUGCAUGCUGGCAUGUACGUGUAUGGGUGUGUGUGAGUGGGCGAAGUUCUCAUUAAACGAAGCCGCCACCGCACCAUGUUAACGCACCACUGACCGCCAAGUUGAGGAGGAACAACCACAAUAAUAAAAUCGCGGUAGCAAGCAGGGGAAGCUAAAAUACUUGUAACAAAAAACUUUUAUUCUCUUCACGGCAAUUCAUUCUGAAAUUGAAGCAGCGCGCCACUCAUAAAUGAAGAAACAUGGGGAAUGGCAUGAACAAGGUCUUGCCGGGACUAUACGUGGGCAACUACCGAGACUCCAAGGAUCAUCAGCAGUUAGAGAAGUUCAAAAUAUCGCACAUUAUAGCCAUACAUGACAGUCCGCGGCGCCUGCUGCCGGACAAACACUAUUUAUGCGUCAUGGCAUCAGACACGCCGGAUCAGAAUCUCUCACAAUACUUCUCUGUGUGCAAUGAUUUUAUUCACGCUGCCAGACUGCGAGAGGGCAACGUACUCAUCCAUUGUCUGGCGGGGAUGUCGCGCUCCGUGACAGUCGCCGUCGCAUACAUUAUGACGGCCACGCAUCUCAAUUGGAAAGAGGCACUGAAGGUGGUUCGCGCGGGUCGGGCCGUAGCUAAUCCAAAUGCGGGCUUUCAAAAUCAACUGCAGGAGUUCGAGCAGUUCAAAUUGCCGGAGGAGCGACGACGGCUGCGCGAGCGGUUUCCAUCAUCGGCAUUAGAGCAAUUGGAUCGUUUGAAGUGCAUCAUGGCCCUGGACAAUUAUCAGGAGCUCUUACAGAAUCGUGACAUAUGCGAGGGCAACUGCUCUCGCGGUGAAAAAUGUCCCACAGGCGUUUGCAACAUGGACCCCACGAAGGGCUUGUUCCGCCGCCGUCCCUCCACCGCAUCUACACAGUCGCGUCUGCGCGCUGCCUCCUCUAACAGCAACACUAGCCUAACAGUCAGUGCCAUUGCUGGCACAGCUCAGUCCUGUCCCACAUCGCCCAAACAUUCGCCACUACCGCGACGCUCCGUUGGCGGUGAACGCAUACCCGAGGACGAGGAGGAUUGCCAGCAGUCGCAACAGACCCAACAGGCACCCACAACCUCGUCCGAGGCGGCGGAAUACGCGGCGGCUAUUGAAGACGCGCGUCGAGAGCUCCAUCAACGACAACAGCUGCAGAAGUCUCCAUCACGAUACAGCGGCGGUAGCAGCUCCAAUGCCAACUCGGCACGUGUCAGCAGUGCUGGCAGCCGUCUGAUGCGCGCCGAGGAGCGCAAGGAAUCAGCAAAUAACUCGACGCAGCUGCAACGGAGCGCGAGCACUGUAAGCGGCUUUGGUGUACGGCCCCGAAGCAGUCCUGCAGGCUUGCAUGCUUACACAGGUUCUGUCCCCUCCUCCGUCCACGGUUCACGCGUGGAUUUGCGCGAUGCGGACAAGGGCUCAGCCAUCUAUUUGGGCUGUACGGCUCCACGUGCCUCUACCUUGUCCAUUUCUUCGCGUGGUUCAUCGGGUGGCUCGGCGCCGCCAUCGCCCUCCAACACACCACCCGCCAGUCCACGGCAUGGCGUCAAGAGGUCCACCAGUCUCGUGAAGAAGCCAAGAUGAAAAUGCUUGCCCAGCGUCGAUGAAUGCGCUUCAAUUUUGUACUUAUUGUUGAAUUAAUAAAAAUUCGUGUGCUUCGCUUCGAA